AUGGGUUCAUCGCACAGAUUAGGCGAAAAGAAAGCGUACAGUUACCAGGGCCGAAACAGCGGUCGACAUGAGGCGUACGGACGGGCAGGACCCGGUGUGCAAGGCGCAGGGCGUGGUAGUGGGGCAGUGAGCGAUGCCAGGACCGGCGGGACCGGGGUCCCAGGCGCUCGCCGGUCGCGGUAUGACCCGGUUUCGGGCAGCGGACCGCAUCCUGCACUGCAGUCGCCUGCACACACAGCACAACCGUCACAGGCGCCAUAUCGCGCUACGAGUCGAUAUAAUCCUGAGACAGGACACACAUGGGCAGGCGGCCAUGCGUCUAUGGCCGUUCCACGCACCAGCUCUGAGGGACACAUCUCGGGGAUGCGAUGGGGCAGCAGCCGAUAUAACCCACAAUCGUCGCAUGUCAACGGUGGUGUCGCUUUUUCCGACGUGUUCACGAAGCGAAAGUCGUCUACGGCAUCUUCGGCGACCUCCGUUGAAGGUCGCGAUGGUCGCGACGCGUCGGAUUAUCACAACGUCAGAGACAGUUUUGGCGGUAGAAGGCGAGCGAGACGAGAUUGGCGCGACUGGCGAGAUCAGCAGCCUGGUCCUGCUCCUUACCAGCAACUGCACCAACAAGCUGAUCCUGCUCCUUACCAGCAACCUCAUCAGCAUGACCAUCCGCAUUCAAGCCAUCAACGGUCCCCCAUGCCCCAUUCCCCUACGCACUCGACCAGCAGCACUCCGCGAGACACUCGGUACCGCGAGGGACCCUUCACGGCCAGCGAAGAACUUCCAGUUUUCUCAAAUGGUGCCAAACUCUCCAACGCGCACCGUGCAUCCAUUCCUAGUCCAAAGAGUCACACAAUAGCUGCGUUGAAACCUGAGUCGACCGGCGAGGAUUCACCACGCGAGACCCUACAACCCGAAGCUACGAAAGAAAUACCAGAAAGCUCGGAUCUCCCGAAAACCCCCGCGCCCGUGACCGACAGCGUGCUCGCUACGAAAGAAUCACCUGAGACUCCCGACACAGCUCAAGAAAACUUAGUUUCCUCCAAGAUCUCAGCACCUCUGAUGGAUAGAAUGCCUGUCGCGAAAGAAUCAAACGCUGAAAUUCUCAAACCCAAGCUUGAAGAUCCCGAUGACUCAGAAAUACGUAUUUCAGCAGCUGCCAAGGCCAGCCCCGAAGAACCUUGUUCUAAGAUCGAGUCCUGCAUUUUUCCUUUGACUUGUACUGAAAUGAGGCUAUGGGAAUUGAAGAAUCGGCGUCGUGCAAACAGAAUCAAACAUCAGAAAUAUCUAUUGGCGGUGCCGAUCAAAUCUUUACAAGAUUACCCAUUCGUGGCGCCAAAUUUUGUGCUUCACAAUCAAGCUACAAGGUCCAUCUUAACAAAAGCACUCUCGCAGGAAAAGCGCGCCGUAUACAUUCGGAAAUUAAAGAUGAGGCAAGAAGUUAUACAUUUGAAAAAAGAGUGGAAACUCAAGUGUGAAAAGAUGGAUUUUGUAAGUGCUGAAGUCAAGAGGAAGGAGCAGGAAGAGCAGCAGCGAUUACAGGAGGCUGCGCGUCAGUCAGAAACUGAAAAUAUCGAGAAUCAACCUUCACCACAGCCGAAUCAGCAGAACCAGCAGCAAGAACCACAGUCUCACCAACAGGCAGAGCAGCAACGCGCUGGUAGCAGAAGAAGGAACAGAGGAGAUUUUGUCGAUGACGCUGAAAUUGAAAAUGUUUUAUUGCAAAUCGAUCCUGAUUAUAGGCAUCACCAACUUGCUGCAAAGAUACCCGAUAUGCAUUUAAAUCCCUAUGACCGGUUUUCUUAUAAGUUUCAAGAUGUCAAUAACCUCGUUACGGACAAAGCCUCUUGGGCUAAAAGGGUAUCUACAGAUGGUAUCGACACUUUUAGUGACGUCGAGCACGCCUUAUUCAUAGAGGGCUUUUUAUCGCAUCCCAAGAAAUUUGGGAAAAUCUCGCAGCACAUGGGUGGUUUAAGGACUCCGCAAGAGUGCGUUUUGCAUUACUACAAAACGAAGAAGGCCACAGAUUAUAAACAACUCAUACUUGAAAAGAAGAAGAAGCGGAAACUCAGUAUGGGACGCCGGCGCAAAGAUAGAGAGAAGGGGAAGGAUAGACAAGGAGAAACCGAUUCUAAUAUCGUCGAGAGGGGCACCAGGGAAAGUACCGAACUUUCUUUAGAGGAUGCCGAAAGAACCUUGGAUGAGACCGAGGACGAAGGUCGUCCACCUUUCAAGACAGCUGAUCAAGAGCCCGAGGUGGUCGAGGAGGCCGUGAAGCAGGAACCCUUGAUUCUCGCGGAUUCAUCUGCUGCUACGGGUCUAGACGCGGGUCGGCGGGAUCUGCAACAGGAAGACGAGCGGAUUUCUGGGGCGGCGCAAGAGCCACUCGAAAUAAUUGAUACCGAAUUCAAGAAAAGAAAACUUCAAGAAAUAGAAGAAGUCACGAAUGACAUUCCAAAUCUGCAACCGAUCGCACCUGCUGGUGUAUUCGUUGAAGAAAGGGAUCGAAAUGUCUCUAGGGAUUCUUCAAUGGGUGGCAGCUCAACCGCACUUUCAGACCGUGAGAAACAUGCUAAAAAGAAACUGAAACCAUCAGAGAGCCAUCAAAAGUCAAGUUAUUGGAGCGUCAAAGAAACUAGUGUUUUUCCAGAGCUCUUGAAAGAAUUUGGUACUCAAUGGGCGCUUAUAUCGAAGAAGAUAGGCACCAAAUCCACGACAAUGGUGAGAAAUUACUACCAACGGAAUGCAAUUCAGAUGGGAUGGCAGAACAUUGUCGAGGAAGUUAAUGUGAACCGGCCUCCUUGCCAGCAAGAUUUCGUAAACCAGCAGACCACGUCUAUGGCUGAAAAUGUGCCAGCGCAACAGAAACCUUACGUUAGCUUUUUUGCCGAAAGCGACUCAACUUCGAUUUCAACCCCAACUCAUACUUCGGUCUGCCUACGAGGCGAAACAUUUUCUCAGCAAUCAACACCGCAGGGACUACCCCCGCCACGUUUGCCGACCAUCACCUUUCGUGCGGGACCCGAUAUCAACGAACUCAUGAACCAAAGUAAAGAUUCUCAGCCUGCAUUGACCACGAUUUUAAGCUCGAGGGCGCCAGACGCACAACAUCCACCAGCGGUUCACUUUCCAUUAAACGUCGUUACGGCACAACAUCCUUCGAGUGGAUCAUGCUCGCCGGGGACGUCGUCGCAGGCAGCGCCGUCUAGUCGGAGGUCAUCCAUCAAGAGUCUUUUGAACGCCGACGACCAAGUACAUGAGCCACAGCCUGCCCUGUAUCCACAACCUGAUACUCAGGCUGCUAAUGUGAUUGUGCAGGAGCUACAACCCACGAGCUUCCCAACGUCAGCCACCCCGUCUCCGUCGACUAAUAAUGGUCCGCAUAAAAAGCUCAACCCUUUGUCGUCCAUUUUGAAUACCACUACUCCAGAAGCGCCUAAUAACCCACCUCAUAUCCAUCAUCGUACUGCUGGCAACGCUGACACCGCUGGCGCCGCAGGUACCGCUGGUCCGGCUGACGCCCGUGUCUUGCGCACGCCUGUUCUUCAUGAAAAUUCGACGACAACUGGCAUCACCACUGCCAGCACUCACAAUCCUCUAAACCAAAAAAUGAUAGGGUUCAAUUUUGCAAACAACCCACUCGCCGCGCUGGCUGCUGUUGCUUCCGCUCCAGAAGCACUUACCACUUUUUUUCUCAACCUGCACCAGAGCAUCCCCACGAGUCUCAACCGACGGAGGCCCCGUCAAAGCACAAAUCCAACUGAAUCUCACAAGUAA